AUGUCCGACGAUGAAGAUCCUGAGGCUUCGCCAAUCAAAAGGCCGUACAGCACUAUGCCUGUGAGCCGGAAGGGCAGCCCAAGGAAGUCACUCAAGUCACUGUAUCCUGCAGGCCCGGGCAGCAUGGAGAACAUACCUCCUAUGCCGACGCACAUGCAUCGUUUCUCGCCAGCACCAGGAACCGCAUCUGAACCCUCGCGGAUACAGCUCAGUCCUCUAUCAAACAACGACUUGAACGGCGUGUCAAGGCCUCCUGCUAUCACCCAAAGCUCCGCACCUGCAGGCUUCACGGCUGUCAACAACGGAGGUUUCACUGCUGUUAACAACACGCCUCCACCUAGCGAGCCGCCUCGAGAGCCAACACGGGAAGCAUCCAGAGAACCGUCGAGAGAAGUGCACCGACCCCCUCCUGGUAUUGGACAUCGUCACAGCAACAGUUACACGAGCCCAUAUGAGCCGUCUUCACGCAGUGCUGCCAUGGCUCGAUCUGCUACGGAAACUCCUCGAUCUGCACCGCCUGCCACUCCUACACCAGCUUCGAAUCAAGGGUUUCAAGCAGUGAACGCAUCUUCAGCAGCUAAUGGAGCAGGUGGAUAUAUGAAGAGGGAGUCUCCUGCCGUUCAGCCUCCUCAGCACACAAAUAUCGCUCCGCAGCCACAGCAGUCGCAACCGCAACCUCAAGCACAACUGCAGCAGCAACAGACACCGUCCCACCCUUCACACCCACACCAGGCAUCACCGCAUACACAUCAUCCUCAGCACACGCAGCUACCGUCACAUCCGCACAUUCAGGCUCAGCAACAGCCUCCACCCCAACCACCAAGUCGAUCUAAUACCCCGAGCCACCCCUUCGGCCGUUCUCUCGCACCACACCCUCGCAGUAGAUCUAGUACACCACAUGCGCAGGCCGCACCUAAUCAGCCUAUCAUGGCACCUAAUAAGCAGGUUACAUCUGCACCCGCGAUACAAAGCGCCCCCGCAUACGGCAUACAACUCGUUCCUACUACACAAGACGCACCGCCCGCGCCCUCGAGCAAACCCCGAGCGCCCUCAAACCACAGCCAACCCGCCACCGCCGUACCCCAACAUACCUCACCCCACCAGCCCGUGCUGAAAAGCCACCAACAACCGCCUCAACCGCCCGAAACCGCACACGUCGUCCAGCCCCCACAACCCCAAACCUUCCCCCGCGGCUCCGUCUCGACGGCCGACCUCCGCCUCCUCCAAUGCGAAGUCACCGCCGGCCUCUUCACCUUCUUCUACCCACGCUCCACAAUGCCGCCCGACGAAGCCAGCCUCCUCGUCCGCAUGCACACACUCUGGUACCACGGCGAAGCCCUCUUCCGCACAGAACUAUCCACACACUACGAUCUCGUUUCCAAGAUCCUCACCGCAUGGCUACACGAGCGUCAAGCCAUCGCUUCACUACGGCACAGCAUGGCCGCCAACCCUGGCGUGUCUCACAUUGGCCUGGUAGACCGGUUGCUGGCCAUGAACGAUCUCAGGGCUAUGCGGUUGAAGUGGAAGAAUAUGAGUAGUAUUGAUGGAUUGAGUCCUGAGGAUCUACUCUGUAUGGCUUUUAGGGUUAUGACGAAUACGGAGGGGAGCGAGUAUAUGUUUAAAGACGGGUUGGCGAGGCUGGAGCUGGGCGUGUUUGAGUUUUUGAGGAGUGAGGAUGCGAAGAUUGUUAUGCAGCGGAGGGAUACGAGGGCGGGGUGA